CGUGCUAUCACCUCCAGAUUCAUCGUCCGUCAUGGCCUCAAUGGGUGCUGUCCCCCAGUAUGGGCAGCUGAUCCGGUCCAUCUCUUCAGCCCGGACCGGCCUGACCUACGUCCCUCGCCGCACACUGGCCUACACUGUUCCUCGUCAAGCCUCCGAAGACGGCCCCAACGGCCCCAAUGACAAGUCCGAGUCCGAAUCGAAGCCCUCCACCUUGUCCUCGAUCAAGAACUUCUUCUUCGGCGGCAAGCCCGGCGCCGCCAAGCCCAAAGCUCGCCGCACCACCGCUCCCGCCAAACGCGAGGGUUCCCUGAGCGCCGACUCCAUCUUUGCAGAGGAUGAAGCCAGCCCCAAGCUGGUGGCCUCCGGCCGUACGCCCGCUGCUCGCAAGCAAGCAGGCGCCACCGAGGAGGGCCAGGAAGAGAUCGACUAUGCCGUUGACCGACGAAACCGGGAGACGAUGCAGGCAGUGCUGGACCCGAACCCCAAGGCGCGCACGCGCUGGGAACAAAAGAUGGUUGCUCGCGAGAUCCGUCGUCGCGGCCGCAUCUCGCCCACCGAGCUGAUCAUGCGGACGGAGCGUGAGUCCCUCUCCAAGUCCCAUUGGUUCAAGACCUCCGUCAAGAAGCUGGGUCCUCUUGCUCGUCAAAUCGCCGGCAAGAACAUCGACGAUGCCAUGCUGCAGAUGCGUCUGAGCAAGAAGAAGGCCGCCAAGGAGGUCCUCGAGCACCUCGAGCAUGCUAAGAACGUCGCCGUGGUGCGUUCCGGUAUGGGUCUGGGAGCCGUCGAGGGCAAGACCGCCAACCAGAAGCCCGUCACCAUCACUCUCAAGAACGGAGAGCGCAAGACCAUCAACGACCCUACCUCCAUUUACAUCGACCAAGCGUGGGUUAACCGUGGCCCGUACGGUUACGACUACGACCACCGCGCGCGUGGCAACAUCAAUCUCAUGCGUCCGCCGUACACCUCUCUGUCGGUGGUGCUGAAGGAGGAGCAGACGCGUAUCCGUCAAUGGCAGAACCGGGAGGCCGAGGAGCUGCGCAAGCGUAAGGCUAAGCUCUGGACGCCGCUGCCGGACCGCAAGAUCACGGCACAGAACCAGUUCUACAGCUGGUGAUCAAUGUUUUGAUUAUACGUUUUCGGCGUUGUUUUUCUGUUCAAUAUUCCUAGACCGUUAAGAAGCACUUUAUUCCUCUCUGGUGGAUUUUCUCAGCAUGUGUUUAAAAAACCCUUUUUCUUGGUUACCUCCCCCCCGUGUCUCUAUCUUAACGUGCGUGUAUGAUGAGGGUUGCUUCGAUCCAAGAAUCAAUGUACAAUACAAUAUCUAUCAUCUAUAUACUUCUUAGUUCCUUUCUC